UUCUGACCAGCACAUUGACAUCGUUGUUCGUCUUCAUCAACCCAUGCAUGAGGCGGGUUACGACAAGAUGACGGUCGACCAAGGCGUCGAUUUGGGCCUUUUGGGACAACGACCCACCCCCGACCAACGCGGCAAUGGCGGAGUACUGGAGAACACCAUCGCCACGAUACGAAGCCUGACAUUAAGAGACGUCCUCCAGGCUGUCUUAUACGCCCUCACACCGGAGAUCUUACAACGGAGCAAAAACCACAGCCACCGACGGAAUGAGACGACCGCAUACCUGGAUGGCCUACGCGGAGUGGCCGCCCUCGUCGUUUGCAUGCACCACAUCACCAUUUACGCGCACAAAGGUCUGGAAUUGUGUUACGGCCAUCCGAUUUUCUUCGGAGAGUGGAACAACAAAUUCGCUGUCUUGCCUUUUGUGCGGAAUAUCUUCACCGGAGGCCACUACUCCGUGAUGCUGUUCUUUAUCAUUUCGGGCUAUGUCGUUCCUCGGCGUCUCAUCACAUACCUCCACGCCGGACGCAAUGCGGAUUUCAUCGAAGCCGUCAACUCGGCCAUGUUCCGGCGUCCGGGCCGUUUGUUCUUUCCCUGCAUGGGCGUCACUCUCACGCUUGCCAUUCUCUGGCAUGUGACUCCACUAACAUAUGCGUUUCGUGAACUGGAGUCGAAUAUAUUCACGGAAUUAUGGGCCUGGAUCAUCGACAACGGGUCGUUUGUCUACUUCUUCAGGACGGGAAUGCUCUUCUCGACCUACAAUUUCACCACCUGGACGAUACCCGUGGAGAUGCGAGGCUCCAUGUUCAUGUUCUGCUGGCUAUUCGCUUUUCACCAAUGCACGACGAGAGUGCGAAUUUUAGCGACAGCGAUGUUGAUUUUUUCCCUGGAGUACCUCACGGAUGGUGGCAUUUACGCGGCAUUCUUCGCGGGCAUGUUGACUGCCGAACUGGACAUGUUGGCGGAAAGCGAUCAUCAGGUUUCAUUACCGUGGGAUGGCAUUGCGAGCUGGUGGCGAAGGAAUCGAGCGAUACGGCAGGUCAUUCUCCACGCCUUCCUGGUGGCCGGCCUCUUCCUCGGAGGUCAACCUUCGGAAGACGGGCAUACGGUGCCGGAGCUCAUGGACCAGUGCUUUGGUUGGUCGCAUCUUCAGCAUAUGAUUCCUGCUCAAUACAAGAAGAAGGAUAUUGCUUUCCGCUGGUUUUGGUUAUUCUGGGCCGCGUGGAUGACCAUGAUUGCGGUCAAAGAGAUUCGCUGGCUGCGACGACUGUUCGAGACGAAUAUCGCACAAUAUCUCGGCCGUCACUCAUUCGCGCUCUACCUCGUCCAUGCUCAAGUCAUCGGAUCCUUCACCAUCCGACUCUACUACCUCACCGGCUUCAAGAGCCCCGCAGACUUCGACUCUGUCAAGUACCACGAGCACCUGUACAAAGGCUUGAUCAACAAGCCCUGGUGGCCUCUGCCCGAAGGUGGACCGUACGGUCUGGAGCCGAAUUUCCUGUUCUGUGUGGUGCUCAGUCUGAUGGUCAUGUUCUACUUUGCUGAAAUUGUCACGAAACUGUAUGAUGCGCCCGGGAACAGACUUUCCAAUUGGCUCUAUAAGAAGGUCAGG